AGAUUUUACGUUUUAUUUUGGGAUCUGAAGUAUUCAAAGAUGGAACACACAAUGUAUCUUUCCAAUGAACAUUUUUUUGGUUAUGCUGCUGACAUUGUUGGAAUGGAGGUUGUGCAAAGGCUAAAUUCAGAGGUGCUGGAACUCGGACUUGGGAACAAUGAUCGACACGCUGGCAUGGUGAUGAGUUUGUACAACCGAGUUGCCAACCGCCCUGAACUUGCAUGUGAGUUCUUCUCAAGCCUUAGAUCCCCAGGCUACACUACAUGGAGGAACCUGAUCUGGGCGUAUGCGGCAUACGAUCCAAUGAAGGCGAUAGCUGCAUUUGGGAAGAUGGAGAAAACCCAUAUCAAGCCCAAUCUUGACUCAUUCCGUGCCCUAAUGUAUGCUCAUGCUCAGGCUGAAACCAAGAAUGAAGAUGCUCUCAAAGUGUUGGUAAAGAUGAAGGAGGAGUACAACUUGCAGCCUAAAAUCGAACACAUUGGGUGUUACAUCGACAAACUGGCUGCAGAGAUCGAAUGCCCUUUGUCAAACCACAUCUGCGGCAUGAUCUUUGGGGAAUGCGCCAAGUCCUUACCUGCCGACAAAGGUUCCGCCAACAAGAUGCGCCAAGUCCUUACGCGCACGAUGCUUGUACAUUUUUUUUUUCUUAUGGUUAAUCUCCGUCCAAGUCAGUGACCGCCAAACUACAAGAUCACCUACAAUUAGCUUACCCACGACCGUCAUGUAUUCCUUUGUGUCCAAUUUUCCUAUUUUAUUUUUUCGCGAUAAAAAAUGGAAACAUGCCUCUUAAAUAUACAAGAGUGUGGGUUUUACUUUUUGACCCUAGAGAGAAGAAUCUCACAUCAUCACCUCUCUUAGCCUUUAGUAAUCUUUAAGCUUUUUGUUAUUUUAGGGACUUUCUCUUUUGCAUUAAAAGCAUAACAUUUUA